ACCCACACUCGCAAGCCUGAUCCAGGCUUCGGCCAGGUGACUGGUGCAAUCCUUCCAUGCCUCUCUUGGGUCCCACUGCCCUGUCCGUCCUGGGGAAGGUUGAGGGGGAGUCACAGGCCAUCCCUGCAAGGAAAAGCAGAUAGGGCACUUUGGGAGGGUGACAGAGCCACCCCUGGCUCUCAGAGAUGCUGCUGAAAGGGGUGACGGGCAGUGGCAGGGCUUGGGACUCUGCCAGGUGUCCUAGCUCCCAUCUCCAGGCCCAGGCCCAGGCCUCUCCAGCAGGAAAAGCUAGGUCCCUCCAGCAGGAAAAGCUAGGGACCUCACUGCCAUGGGCUUUGAAUGGCCCCCGACUCUUGGGAAGCCGCUCCUCCUGAGGAAAGGCAGGGUUGGGGUCUGCUCAGGUUCUGCCACCACCUGCUCUGUGACCUCGGGCAGGCCGAGAGUUCCUCCGAAAAAGGGGAGGCAUUGUGGGCACCAUCACCUCUGGGUGCCCAGUGGCUCAGCUGCCGUGGCCAGGCUGCCCUGCCCCAGCCUCGGCACACCUCCCCCAGCCACAACAGGCAGCCCUGGACCUUCUCCUAAUGAGACCUUACUGCCAGCCCCUCUGGGAGAUCAGACACAAGUUACCAACAGGCAGCAGUCUGGGUGACUCCCAGGAGUCCAGGCCUCCAUCGUGUCCUACCCAGUGGCUGGGGCAGCGGGCUGGACAGCAGGACCUCAGUGCCCAGGAAGGCAGGGCUCAUCCCGAAAGUCACCACGGCAGCCCCUCCUCCUGCCCCCUUACUCAUUAGCCAGGCUGUACUGACACGGGCUGCCCCGGCAGGGGGUGGCUCGGUGGACAUAGCUGGCUGUGCGGGCACUCAGGCGUGCAGGGUGGCCAGUGCCCUGGCCAGGAAUGGACAGUCUCCAAGACACGCUGUCCCCAAGCCAUGGGGGCUGCUGCCCUGCCUUCAGUAGGCUGGUUCCCAGAGGCUUUGGGGCUGAGGUGUGGACUCUCUUUGCUCUUUCCGGACCCCUGUUCCUGUUCCAGAUGCUGACUUUUAUGAACUACAUAGUGAGCACUGUGUUCUGUGGGCACCUGGGCAAGGUGGAGCUGGCGUCAGUGACCCUCGCGGUGGCCUUUGUCAAUGUCUGCGGAGUUUCCGUAGGAGUUGGUUUGUCUUCAGCGUGUGACACCUUGAUGUCUCAGAGCUUUGGCAGCCCCAACAAGAAGCACGUGGGCGUGAUCCUACAGCGGGGCACGCUGGUCCUGUUCCUCUGCUGCCUCCCCUGCUGGGCGCUCUUCCUCAACACCCAGCACAUCCUGCUGCUCUUCAGGCAGGACCCAGAAGUGUCCAGGUUGACCCAGGACUACGUAAUGAUUUUCAUCCCAGGACUUCCGGUGAUUUUUCUUUACAAUCUGCUGGCAAAAUAUUUGCAAAAUCAGGUACAGGUUUUUGGCAUGGGGGCGGCCCUUCUGCCAGCACACUGCCCUAUUCCAGUGGGAGGGGCCUGGGGCUUUCCCCUUCUCUCCACCUUCUGUGAACCAGCUCCGGAAAGGGUCACUUCCAGCCCACCACGCCAUGUCCUGACCUCCGCACAGAGGCGGGUGAGAGGCUGUGCGUCCCAGCCUCUUCCAAUUCCCAGACGAGGAUGUCUGAAGGGGCAGGAGAGGGAGUCCCCAUUCCACACCCUGGGUCUGUCCACCUGUCAUGCAUCCCACUCUCACCUUAGCAGGGCCAGUUUUGAUUUCUUUCAGAAGAUCACAUGGCCCCAAGUCCUUAGUGGUGUGGUGGGCAACUGUGUCAACGGUAUAGGCAACUACGCCCUGGUCUCUGUGCUGGAGCUGGGGAUCAGAGGCUCUGCCUAUGCCAACAUCAUCUCCCAGUUCGCACAGACCGUCUUCCUCCUUCUCUACAUCAUACUGAAGAAGCUGCACCUGGAGACAUGGGCAGGUUGGUCCAGCCAGUGCCUGCAGGACUGGGGCCCCUUUUUCUCCCUGGCUGUCCCCAGCAUGCUCAUGACCUGCAUUGAGUGGUGGGCCUACGAGGUCGGGAGCUUCCUCAUGGGCCUGCUCAGCAUGGAGGAUCUCUCCGCCCAGGCUGUCAUCUAUGAGGUGGCCACAGUGACCUACAUGAUUCCCUUGGGGCUCAGCAUCGGGGUGUGUGUCCGAGUAGGGAUGGCUCUGGGGGCUGCAGACACUGUGCAGGCCAAACGCUCGGCUGUCUCAGGUGUGCUUCUCAUAGUUGGCAUUUCCCUGGUCCUGGGCACCCUGAUUAGCAUCCUGAAAAAUCAGCUGGGGCACAUAUUUACCAAUGAUGAAGAUGUCAUCGCCCUGGUGGGCCAGAUCUUGCCGGUUUAUAGCGUCUUUCACGUGUUUGAGGCCCUCUGUUGUGUCUACGGCGGAGUCCUGAGAGGAACUGGGAAGCAGGCCUUUGGUGCCGCUGUGAAUGCCAUCACGUAUUAUGUCAUCGGCCUACCACUGGGCAUCCUUCUGACCUUUGUGGUCAGAAUGAGAAUCAUGGGCCUCUGGCUGGGCAUGCUGGCCUGUGUCUCCCUGGCAACUGCUGCUUUUGUUGUGUAUACUGCCCGGCUGGACUGGAAGCUUGCUGCGGAGGAAGCUAAGAAACACUCAGGUCAGCAGCAGCAGCAGCAGCAGAGAGCAGAGAGCACUGCAACCAGACCUGGGCCUAAGAAAGCAGUCCUAUCUUCAGUGGCUACUGGGAGUUCCCCUGGCAUUACCCUGACAACGUAUUCAAGGUCUGAGUGCCACGUGGACCUCUUCAGGACUCUAGAGGAGGCUCAUACCCUUUCAGCUCCUACCAGCAGACUGUCAAUUAAACAGCUGGUCAUUCGCCGUGGGGCUGCUCUGGGGGCGGCGUCAGCCACACUGAUGGUGGGGCUCGCAGUCAGGAUCCUGAUCACCAAGCACUAGCAAAGCAGCUCAGAAACAGAAAGCCAGGAGUAGCCAUUCCCAGUACCUGAACACACCAUGGUCUGCCCUGCAGAAGUGCCAAUGGGGUCCAGGGAAGGUGGACACUUUGAACCACUCCUCAGAAAAAGAACUUUGGCUGAUUCCCUGUGGUGACAUUCAGAGGGUCUGAACAGAGCAGACUGGCCAUUCUGUUCUGGUCAAACUGGAGUUUUCUUCUCUGACCUGGAUUGCUCUAUAGAAGACAUCAGCCAAAUGCAUGAAUCAGAGUCCAGAGACUGCCACUAUUAUUAAUGUAAAUGGCUUCAAAUGAGAGACUGUAGAUAAAAUCACAAAACCACUAUUACAUUAAAGAUUAUACAUUUCCUAGGCACAGCCUGCUACUCAAGUCUGUCA